AGGGAGCCACUGUAGCCUGCUGAUCGUUUACUGCCCUCCGGUGAGAGACGAACCCGCAGCUCAACCUGCCCGGUACACCGCCCCCAGCAUGUCAUACUGUACGAGCCGCAUGUUCAUCACAAGCGCUGCUUGCACUCCGACAAUCUAGCAUCCACCGCACCGUUUGCAGAGUAAAGAGCAGCCUGUUACUGCGCAACAAUCUCGGGUUUGCAACAGAAAAAACGCGAACCGGGGACGUUUUCUUCAGCACGCCGGGAGAGUUGGGAGAUCCGCAGGUAAUUUGCAGUGCUGCUCCGACGUUUGGUCGACAUGCUGGGCAUCUGCGUGUGUCUUUGUGCGGUUUUCACACAUGUCCUCUCUCAGGAGGCUGAGGAGCCCAUCUCCUACACAUGCACAGAAGGGUAUGAGUAUGACAGAGUCAGAGAGCAGUGCAGAGACAUCGAUGAGUGUGCCUUGUUAAAUGAUGCCUGCAAAGGAGGAAUGCAGUGUAUCAACCACUUUGGUGGUUACCUCUGCCUCCCCAAGAGCGCCGUCAUCUAUAUCAGUAAGGAGGGCGAGCAGGUGGCGCAGCCGGACCCUGUCGUUCCUGUCGCUCCUGUCCCUGUUGUCCCACCAAGCCAGCCUCAGGUUUCACGUGGAGGUGGAGGUGGAGGUGGGGGCCAGAGGGUCUCCCAGUCCAGCCGAACCAUCCGCUGUGCAACCGGAUUCACUGCAGAUGAGCAGAACCUCUGUAGAGAUAUAGAUGAAUGUGCAACAGGUAGACAUACAUGUGGCCCUGAACAGACGUGCUACAACACCAGAGGCUCCUACACCUGCCAGUGUCCUCCAGGCUACCAGAAGAACGGAGACCACUGCGUGGACAGAGACGAGUGUGCGCUGACCCACUACUGCAUGCACAGAUGUGUGAACACACAGGGCUCAUACUACUGUGAGUGCAACGCAGGUCACAAGUUGGCCAGCAACAACCACAGCUGUGUUGAUGUGAAUGAAUGUGAUGUGCAGAGUCCCUGUCAGCACCACUGCUACAACCUGAUUGGCUCCUUCCUAUGCCAGUGUGACCAGGGCUAUGAGCUGGCACAAGACACGGUCUCCUGCCAAGACAUUGAUGAAUGCAGCUUCCCCAGCUACAUGUGUCAGUAUCAGUGUAUCAACAGUCCAGGAAGUUACUCCUGUGAGUGUCCAGAGGGAUAUCAGCUCCAGGGAAACAAGUUGUGUCAAGACAUAAAUGAGUGUGAGACGGGGACCCAUAACUGCCAAGAUGAUGAAAUGUGCUGGAACUAUUAUGGAGGCUUCCGCUGCUAUCCCAGAAACCCCUGCGAGGCGCCUUAUGCCAAAACCUCUGAAAAUCGCUGUAUCUGCCGGUCUCAGGCAGAGUGCCAGGGUCUCCCACCAUCAAUUGUCUACAAAUACAUGAGCAUCCAGGCUGACCGCACCGUGCCAGCAGACAUCUUCCAGAUUCAGGCCACCAACAUCUACGCCAACACACACAACACUUUCAGGAUCAAAGCUGGGAAUGAGGGAGGAGAAUUUUUCCUGCGACGUUCCAGUAAUGUGAGUGCCAUGCUGGUGCUAACCAAGCCUCUGUCAGGCCCCAGGGAGUAUGUCGUGGACCUAGAGAUGGUCACUCACCAUUUGACCAUGAACUACCGCUCCAGCUCACUGCUGCGCCUCACCGUCAUAGUCGGCCCCUACGCCUUCUGAGCACUGCAGUCCCCCCCCGCCCCCCCAGCAGCCCACAUAAGUCUGUUUCAGCAAACAUAGCAGUGUAACACAGCAGAUGCCUGUAUCAGCAUAACAUACUGUACAUUUUCAUACAAUACAUGCGUACCACAUAUAACAUAGGCUGUGGCCGAUUUCAUUCACAGCAGCUCCAAUAGGCUUGCUCAUGACAGACCAACCCGUGCUGUAAUGUCUGUAAUAAUCUUUUUCUCUCACGGUGCAGGGAAGCAUUGUGAUGAAGGGUUUUAGUGUCCUGAAGAAUCAACCAACUGUGUCUGAACAACAGCACUUAACGAUAAAACAUUUUUCAUCUUUAAAGUUGAAACACUUUUUACUUUAAGUGCCUGAAGUGGACAUAUAAGAAUGAUGCUGGAUGCAGCAUUUUAACCCGUAGUGGUUGUUAGCUACUUCCAUACUAAAAAAAACAACAACAAUUGGGAACCGUGCAGUGGCACUCAGGAAAAGAAGCCUAGUGGACACGCAUCCUAACUGUGAUGAAUUUUUGAUGCAGCUGUACCUACAUUUAUCACUUUGCUCCGACCAGAACUGCUUACAAUAACCAGUGUGUGUGCACAAGGAGAGAGAGCGAGAAAUCAUAUUUUCUAUAUAAAUGUACAUGAAAAAAUAUACAAUAUGAGCAGCUUUGAUACAAAAAUAAUUUACAGACCUUGUAAAUCACAGCUUCUGUUGAUAAAUGUUGUAGGGGUUAGUACUGCUGCGCCACACUGUUUGUGCAAGUUUCUGUAUAGUUUUACUCAUGAGUAAUAAUUUCCAGAGAAGUCCAGAACAGUUCAGAAGUGUAAAGGGAGGGAAUAUGCCUGUGAGUUGAGAGAGUACUAAACUUUGCAUGACAACAGGCUUGAUGCUCGUAGACCUCACUCACAGGAGUUAAGUCAUGUACAUACCAAGCUAACUGUGUGUGUGUGUGUGUGUGUGUGGAUGCUUGUGCGAGUGUGCGUGCGUGUAUGUGUGUGUGCGCCUGGCUUUGUUUAUGCAUGCAAGCAAGUGAAAGUGUGAAACACAGAGGGAGAGAAAGGGAAAGAGUGAGAAAGAGCUUGUUCUCUGACCCAGGUUCGGUGGAUGUGGUUGAGCUGUUUAUGUGUUUCUGUGAUGCCAUCCUCGCAGCCCUCGGUCACAGAGGCAAUAACAAGAGAUUUUUGAACUCGACAACACGCGCAGGAAAUGACGGCUUUCGUAACACACCUUGGCCAAUUGUCCGCUCGCUGGUGCCACGGUGAUUCUCCAGAGGAACAGUGGGGCUUUCUAAUGUUGGUCCCAGUCAAGAAGUCACACUGGCACCAGGCUGGCUUGCGUGAUAAACAUAAUUACAGUGCUUUGCCUUGUAGCUGGUGCAUGUGUGACACAGGGGAUUAUUAAAGUGUUAAUACAAUACGACCACACUUUUGGCAGAAUGAGAAAUCGUUCACUACCUGCUUUGCCUUUCAUGACUCCACGUGUCUGCUCUGGCUUAUUGCUGAAACACUGAACACUGUUGACACACAGGACUGAAAACCACAUUAAAAAAGCAGUAUGUUGUCACCACUGUAAAGUGUAGUGUAGAAAGUUAUCCGUCUUUGCCUAAAAGCGUUUCAUGUGGUUUCAGCAGUGAGCUUGCCAUAGUGCCUUAGAGGUAUAAACAAAAAAAAAUGUAACACUAAUCUUACCAUUCAUGCUGUCAGACUGUUAACUUCCUUCACUGAAAUGCCUUAAUGUCUUUCUCUUCUAUUUAAAAUAUAUUUUGUCAUAUGUAUCUUAUAUUGAUUGUACUCUGAAGAGCAAAAGUUAUAUUGUUGAAUAAAAUAUGAUGGAUACACGGGG